AUGGCACUCAUGCAGCAUCCCACAAUCACAGCCCCUAGUCCCGAUUCCAGCCCCAUGCCGUUGAGGGUUUGUGACAGGUGCAUUCGCAAGAAGGUCAAGUGUAACCAGGCACAGCCAAUUUGCUCUCGCUGCUUUGAGAUCGGAGAGACGUGCAGUUACACUUCGGUAAAGCGCAAACCUGGCCCCCCAAUUGGCUCCCACUACACAUCUAAUCCAUCAAAGUCACGCAAAUCUUCAGCCAAAAAGCGUGAUAGCGACUCUCUGGGGGAGGAUCUUUCCAGCAAAGAAUCCGCUCCCACCUUUAGAGGUUAUGUCUCGCCUGGCCCAUCCGUUCCACUCUCUGCGGCUACUCGCCAAGUGCCAGGCAACGUCGUUCAACUUGCUAGCCACUUGUAUUACUCCCCUCAGCAGGUGGAGCACCUCCUGGGGAGUUACUUCGAUAUUCUUCAAGAUGCGAAUCCUAUCUUCUCCAAAGAACUAUUUUUCCAUCGUUAUCACAGCUCCCUGUGCAGUGAAGAUCUAAUUUCAACAAUAGUCAUCAUUACCGCAAAGCUUACAGGGUUUACCGCAAACGAGGAUGACCUCCCCAGUCUGGAUACCGGUCUCGAUGUAUUACUCAGUUCAAGUAUACUGGAGGACGAUCUGAUUGGUGAUGUCCCAUCACUUGAUCAGUUCCGUAAGGCCUAUCUUCUGGCAUUCUAUGAAUUCCAUCAAUUCCCUGGGCACCAGUCUUGGCUGCGCGUGGGUAAAGUGACACGCAUGGCCUAUCGUAUCGGGCUCGACCACUUGGACCAUAUCCGCACGAUCUAUCCUGACUGGAACACCGUUAGUGACGAAGAUAUCCAAGAAUGGCGAUCGGUCUGGUGGUGUAUCUAUCACCUUGACACAUAUUCUAAUAUGUCGUCCGGAACACCGUAUCUGAUUGAUGACACCGUCAUAAGCACCUCGUUUAUUCAAAGUCAUACUACUCAGCCAUCAAACACUGCCGGCUCCUUUCAAAAGCUAUACUUACCGCCCAACUUAGAAGACCUAUCGAAAGUCCUUCUCGCCGCCCCUUUAGCUCCGGAAACACUGCUGAAGAAUGUUCACAACAUCACGAUCGCUACUAUGCGCCAGGCUGGGCUUGUCACCCGCUUGCAUUUGCUACGGUCCCAGGAAGGAAUGAUGGCGCAAGUCGCCAAAGUUGAGCGGCAGCUGGCUGGGGUUCGUUUAGCCCUCCCACCUGGUUGGCUUAACCCAAGGCGCAACGCAUUGUCGAACGAGUCUCACGUCGAUCACCAUGCGCGGAUGAUUACUGUCCUUCAUCUACAAAUGGUACAAUUACUCCUCUCAAUUGUAGAUCCUGGUCUGCAGCAAGGCGACGAAUGGCUGGGAAGCUGGCAGCGAGUUCUUGAGGCAUGUCAAAAUAUCGCAUCUAUCGCAGAGCAAUGGGAUAGCUCCUUUUGCCUCACUGUCGACCCAGCAAUUUCUUUCACUAUCUUCACGGCGCUGAUCUUCCUGGAUCUUCACAAAAAGACGACCAUCAUGGUGGAGCACAAUCUCAUCUCCGACAUUGAUCAUCACAUCACUAUACUACAUCUUCAACUCCAACAUUUUGGUAACAUUUGGACACUACCAAGGCUUCUCAAGCUGUCCUUCGAAAGCUUCAGUCAAUCAGUCUCUGGCCCGCUUUCCUAUCGCCACGUUGCUCUAAUACUGUCGCGUUUCGAGGCGCCCUUACAUCCCAGGUGGUUGCAAUUCCUCUCAUCGGCCAACACAGAUCUAGAAGCAUGUCAAUAG